AUGGAUGUCCUCCCUGCCUCGCCUGCCCUGAUCCUGCUGGCCGGAGGGGGUACACUGGUGUCCACAGUAGCUGCCGCCCUGUUUGUGUGCUAUCUCCGUCCUGCUUAUAUCCUUAUCCUACUCAGAUGGUACAAUGUGUGGAAAACGGGUUUCAAGAUCAAGUUUGUCAAGGCAGCGGGACGGCAGGUUGCGUACAUGGAACGAGGAGAGCCACGGGAUGGAGAACCCUCCAUGUUGUUCCUGCACGGAUUCACCGACAGGAAAGAAACCUGGUGUGAAAUGAUAAAGUACCUGCCUGAACACCUGCACCUGAUAGCUGUGGACCUGCCGGGACAUGGAGACACUGAGAUCAAACCUGACGAUGAUCUGAGUUUCCAGAAUGGUCUGGUCAUCUUACACCAGUUUGUUGGUGCCAUUGGACUGGAUCGUACACAGUUCCACAUAGUAGGGAUAUCCAUGGGAGGGGCAAUAGCCGGCUGCUACGCUGCCAGUCAUCCGGAACAGGUGUCAGCUCUCACCAUGAUGUGUCCUGCAGGUGUGAGAACACCACCCCUGGAGCAUAUAGGACCACUGCUGAUUCCUGAGAGUACUACAGCUCUAAAAGAGAUGCUGGACAGAGUAUUUUAUGACUGGAAGGUUGUAGAACCACCUGAAAUGAUUCUGGAAGGAGUGUUAGAGCUACGGAAACCACGUCAUGACUUUUACAGAAAAAUGUUAACCGAGUCCAGGAAAACCCCAGACAUACUUGAAAAGGAGUAUAUGGACAAAAUCACAGCCCCAACCCAGGUCAUUUGGGGGAAGCAUGAUCAGAUCCUCCCCCCAUCGGCUGCAGCAGUUCUGGAGAAAGCUGUCCCCAACUGUCGGGUGGACCUGCUGGACAGAUGUGGACACGCCCCGGGGAACGAAAGGCCCCGCAAAACUGCCAGUCUACUCAUACGGUUCAGGGAAUCCAUUCUAAAUAAUGAGUAAGAUAUGUGGAAUUU